UCUCGCGCCGGCUUUUUACACACUACGUGAAGUACGCUGCACUCCGCUGCAGUCAUCCGGCAAAAACAAACGGUUUCCGUGUUAUUUUUUAAAUUCUCAACAUAAAGCGGCUAUUUAUAACAGGCGUCUAAAGCGGUCGUAAAUUCUCUCCUUAUAUAUUUCCAGUUCUGACAUCUUGGCGCAAGGACGCGGCGAGAGAACCCGUCAUCACAAAGACAAAAGUCGAACAAUGGGCCGCAAGCUGGACAUGUCAAAUCUGACAGAGGAGGAGGCGGAGCAUGUGCUACAGGUGGUGCAGAGAGACAUGCAGCUACGUAAGAAAGAAGAGGAGCGUCUUAGUGAGUUGAAACAGGCGCUGGAUCAGGAGGAGAGUCGCUGUGUUCUGCUAUCACGUCAGCGCGGCUUUAAUGAGCGAUGCUGCAUCCGUUGUUGCUCAUCCUUCACCUACUUUCUGAAGCCACGCCGCCGCUGCUCGGACUGUCACUACAACGUCUGCAAGCGCUGCUGCUCAUAUUCUGAAACUGACAAAAGCUGGCUGUGCUCCGCCUGUGAGAAGAGCAGACUGCUGCAGACACAAUCUCUAGAGUGGUUCUACAGUAAUGUGAGAAGACGGUUUAAGAGAUUCGGCAGUGCCAAAGUGCUGAAGAUGCUCUACAGGAGGCACGUUGGAGACCAGGGGAGUCAGGUUGAAUUUACAGAAGGAAGUACAUAUGCUGAAAGCACUGAUGACAGUGUUUAUGAGAGUGACUCGACAUUCUACAAGCAUAGUGAAGAGCAGAGCAUGGCAGAGAGCAUCAGCGUGGCACUCCGUGUGGCAAAAGAGGCCAUAGAUGAGGCUAUUACCAAGGCCGAGAAGCAAACGGGCAAUCAGGAGAAGCUGAAGGAGGCUUGUUACCUACGAGACAACAGAGGAGAGCUGAUAGAAGAACUCACCACCAUGAUUGUGCAGACAAUUAUCUGCAGGAGGAGAGGUCUAUCUGAGAUGGAUACAGAGUGUAAUUUGGAGCCACCACCUGAUCAGAACAGUAAUAAGUCCCAGUCAGCCUUCUCACUUCUCACCGAUGAAAUACUGGCCCAGCAUGACAAAGCAGAGCAGAGCUCCAUGCUCUGCACACAGGGGCUGAAGAAGGAUGAGGUCCCUGCCAUUGCUAGCUGGAAUCAGAAUACUGAUUGGAUGGACAACUCAUGUGCAUCCUCAGUGCUACAGAGUCCAGAUGGGAACUGGUUUGCCCUGCAGAGUACCCAACAGUCUCGGCUGAGCUUGCCGACCAAGCGUGAGAACCUGAUGUUCAGUGCGCUGGAAAAAGAAUCCGGUGUGAUCUCAGCCUAUGACGGAAUAGCCUCUGACACCGAGUCAGACUCUGAUGGAGCCUGGGCUGCUGCCCGGGUGGAGAAUCUGCCCUCCAGCAACCUGUUAAAUGAUCAUGACACCAGCUCACAGCCAGCUAUAAAAUUACCAACUGACCAACCCCAUAGUGACAGUGACCAGAACAACCCCAUGCCCCAAAUCCAUAAACUAUCACUUCCUCUCCUGAAGAGGAAGGUGUGUCUAGAGGACAGUCACCUGUCUUGCCAAUGCCAUAGUGCCAUGGGUAUUACUGCAAACCCUGAUGGUGGAGACAGUAGUGAGGAUGGCUUAGAGGACAACAGGGUCAAGAGGACACGACGGAGGAGAAGAAAUAAGCGUGAGGCUACAGAGGGGAAAGGCUUGAGAGUGUGCAGUGGGGGAAGGCUAUCUUUAUCUGAACCUCAGGACUAUGGCAGGAUGCUACUGAGUUAUCUAUUGAAAUGCCAGACCAAGAGGCAAGAGAGUGUUUCAGAGUUGAGUGACGAGACUAUAAAUGCGAACACACCAGACUCUCUGACCCCAGACAUUUUGCAAUCAGGGGCCAUGACUCCUAAUGCUUUUACGCCUGAUGCAGAAGACCCCAACACUGAGGAUAAUGUUCUGAGUGGUGCUUCAGAUCAGCAGCUGACAUCCAAAAUGAGACAACUGUCCGAUCAAGUCAAUGGAACACAGCUCCCCUUAACCAGGAAUGGGCUUGACGUGGUACAAGAACCCGUAGAUGAGAGAAAUGAAAAGCGAGAGAAAGGAAAGAAUGAUGAGAGGGACAAAGAGAGAAGAGAAGUCUUAUGUGAUAUGGAGGUGGAUGUAGACCAGGAAGACUCGGAGAUGAACGAGGAUAAAUAUCAAAAAGCAGGCAAAGAAUUACCAGAUGUAGAAGACAAUGAGAUAGAGAACAUAAAAUUGAGGAAUUCAGAAACCCUGACCACAAAUAUGAUUGAUAAAUUGCACAAUGAAAGUGCCGUUGAAACACAGAGAAUUGCCAGAAUGCCACAGAAAGAGUGCUUUGAUUGUAAGGUUCAGCUAAUAAGAGAAUUAAAUAGCACUAAUAACUUUGGCUCAGAGGGACAGAUUAAAACGACUGAAGACAAAGCAAAUUAUAUGAGUGAGGGAAUGCAUGUAUAUCAGAAUGUUGAGCAGGGAAAGAAAGACAGAUCAGAUAGUAGAGGAGGAGAAGAUCCUGAGCCUGAGCCUGUAAAAAAUCAACACAGUGUAAAUAAUGAGGCACAUAUAGAACCAGAAGCCCAAGGUCUUUUGGAGAUAGACAAACAAAGAGAGACACCUGUGGAGAGCUGGGAAAAAAGUGAAAAAGUUGAGACUCAAGAGUGCAGGAAGCCGAAAAAAGACCCUGAAUAUGCAGCUGAAAGUAAAAAUGACAGUGUGGACAAUACAGGAAGUGAAAAAAGAAUGAACAAGGAGGAAGAGAGACUGACAUACAGACGUCAGGAUGAUCUUGAUUGUGGUGAGGAAGGGAACUCAGACUAUACAAACAUGAUUGAGAAUGUGGUUAAGGGUUUAAAUAUCCUGGAAGAAGAAACCGAGGCACAUAUCAGCAAGACAAGAUACAGCAUAUCAGAUUUCGCUGAUGAAUUGAGUAAGGGGAAGGAGGAAAUAACGGGAAAACAAAAAGAACCAAACCAGACGACACAGGAUAAUGAAAUCGGAUUCCAUAAUGAGAGAAUGAACAGGGAUGAACAAACACAAGAGAGCGAUAUGGAAAAUGAGAGCAGGGGUAACUUGGUUGACAAAACAGACGUGUGUAGUUGUGUAGCAGAAGCAGAGCAGUGUAAUGACCACACACUCAAGGAUGUUCUGGACUGCACUCCUCCUGGUCAGGAAGAGUUUCUCCCCCCAGAGGAAAUCUACAAAAAGUAUUCAGCUGCAUCUCUGCGCAGCAUCACCACUGAGGUCCUGAAGGUUCUCAAUGCCACUGAAGAUCUCAUCCAGGGUGCCAUGGGUCUCAGCCAGUCAGAGUCCUGGGAUCGACCUGCCCCUACCCUUCCUCCUGCUCAGAGCAAGAGACUAGACGAGCAGCUCAGCAGACUAGAGGAAAACGUAUACGUGGCUGCUAGUGCCGUAUUUGGGCUGGAGGCUGAACUGGGAGAUCUUGAGGAGUGUGCACGCAGCAUCAGCGGAGAAACCAAAGAGGAAGAACUUUCUCACCUGGAGGAACAGGUGGCGUCAGCCGCCGCUCAUGUACAGCAGUCCGAGCUCCAGGUGUCAGACAUUGCAGCAAGAAUUGCAGCUCUGAAAAAUGCCGGCCUUAAUGUAGCACCGCAGACACGUUUUGCCAAGCCACAAACCAUAGAUUCAUCUCGCCAGCACCGUCGCCGCCUGCCAGCACCUCCAAUGCAAGGUAAAAAGACGUAGUGAGAGCCAGAGCUCAGAAAACAUCAAUUUACAGCCAAACAAGCAGAACCUCUGUGCCUUUAAUUAGCAGACUACAGCCCCAAACAGCCUUUUCUGUUCAGAACUGAUUCUGAUCACUAGGCACUGGAAGACAGUAUUAUGGUGGGCCACCUUACUGAUGAAUGGCCAAAGAUGGUCAAAAAAACAAAAUAAAAAAGGAGAGGACAAAAAUUAUUAUUAUGUGUAGAAUUCCAUAUAUUACAAUGGGUUAUUUAUGAACUAUGCACAUACGUAAGAGAAUAUUUUGUUGAUCCUGUGUCAUAUACAUUUGGAAGAUUAUAAACUGAAGUUAUGGAUCAGUUUGCUUUCAAAUUGACAUCAGAAUUUAUUACCUUUGUUGCGAACAUCUAAAUUUUAAAGUCUAUUCCGUUUAUUUAAACUCGUUCUACGAGAAACAUGAAGCCAGUCUAACUAUUAUUUUUUUCAUAUCAGAAUUUCUCGGAACAUUGUUAACAAAUCAUGGCCAUUUCUGUCCCCUUUGCUCUUGUUUAUUAC